AUGGCUUUCGCGAUGCACUCCAAGACCGCCCUGCGCGUGACGGCGCGCGCCACCACUGGCAAGAAGGCCGCGUCCCGCCCCGUGCAGGCCAAGGCCGGCAUUGAGUGGUACGGCCCUGACAGGCCCAAGUUCCUCGGCCCGUUCUCUGAGGGCGACACUCCCGCCUACCUGACCGGCGAGUUCCCCGGUGACUACGGCUGGGACACCGCCGGCCUGUCGGCCGAUCCCGCCACCUUCGCCCGCUACAGGGAGAUCGAGCUCAUCCAUGCUCGCUGGGGCCUGCUGGGCGCCCUGGGCAUCAUCACCCCUGAGCUGCUGGCCAAGAACGGCGUGGCUGACAUCCCCGCGCAGGGCGUGUGGUUCAAGGCUGGUGCCACCAUCUUCCAGGAGGGUGGUCUCAACUACCUGGGCAACCCCAACCUGAUCCACGCCCAGUCCAUCCUGGCCACCCUGGCCGUCCAGAUUGUGCUGGUGGGCGGCGCUGAGCUGUACCGCUACAAUGGCCAGGCGCCCGGCGGCUUCGGCGAGGACCUGGACAGGCUCUACCCCGGCGAGGCCUUUGACCCCCUGGGCCUGGCUGACGACCCCGACACCCUGGCUGAGCUCAAGGUCAAGGAGAUCAAGAACGGCCGCCUGGCCCUGUUCUCCAACCUCGGCUUCUUCGUGCAGGCGAUCGUGACCGGCAAGGGCCCCAUCCAGAACCUGGAGGACCACCUGGCUGACCCCUCCGUGAACAACGCCUGGGCCUACGCCCAGAAGUACCUGCCGACCCCCUGA